CUGCACGAGUGUUUUAGUGUUUUCACCAUGACAACAUUGUAAUACUUUCCGUGUUUAACUGUGUAAAAAGUGCAGAGGUCGAGACAAACGUCGAACUAUCCGGCCGGCAUGUCGGACUUCGAGGAGAAGGUGUGCUCCGUCCUGGACGUCGUGGUCAGCGCGACGGUGUCGGAAGUGUCUGAAAACAGUCACGUGUCUCCCGACGAGAAGCUGAUGCAGUUCAACGUCUUCAUGUCGUCUCUGGCUGAAGAGGCCGUGGCGAAGAUCGUCCAGCUCUUCACCGACUGCUCGUCCGCGCUGCAGCUGGAAGUGGCGCAGGGGGCUGCGGAGAUCCAGGGCCUGAGGAGGAAGCUGCAGGUGGUGGAGGUGGAGCUGAAGCGGCUGCUGGUGGGCAGCAGGGACCUGGAGGCGGAGGAGGGGCUGACGGAUGGAGACGAUGAAGAGGUGGAGGAGACGAGCAGCCGGGCCCGAGACGCCGUCCGGGGGGGCAGGGUGGGCCGGGGGGGCCGGCGCUCGGGGAGGAAGACUCGCAGAGUGGCGUCUGCUGGCGGAGCUGGAGUGAAGAGGUCUCCUAUCAUUCACUUGUGGAAGGGAAGAACCUACGAGGACAGCACCCAGAUGGUGCUGAUAAAGGAGGAGGGUCUGGAGGGUCUAGAAGGCCCGGAGAGUCUGGAGGGCCCGGCGGGUCCGGAGGGCCCGGAGGGUCUGGAGGGCCCGGAGGGUUUGGCCGACGACACGUCCUCCGACUGCGGUCACCACGGAGACGAUCCCGCCCCGAUUGACGAUGGGGACCCGGACUACCAGGUGGAGCCGGACGACCCGGACGAGGGAGACCCAGAAUACACCACCAGAUCUAAACCCGCCCCGAAGCCCAGGUCGCAUCCCCUCCGAGCGAAUGGCCAGAAGUCCUUCCGCUGCUCGCAGUGCGGCCGAGACUUCUCCUUCCAGCGGAGCCUCAACGCUCACAUGCUGCUUCACACGGGUGAGAGACCCCACACCUGCGAUGUCUGCGGGAAGGGCUUCACCCUGAAGCAGCUCCUGAGGAACCACCAGCGGCUCCACGCCGACGUGCGCCCGUUCCGCUGCGAGCAGUGCGGGAAGAGCUUCUACCGGGCGCACGGCCUCAAGAUGCACCAGAUGGUGCACACGGGCGAGCGCGCCUACAACUGCCAGUACUGCAGCAAAAGCUUCACCAUCCAGGGCAACCUGCAGCGGCACCUGCGCAUCCACACAGGCGAGAAGCCGUUCCGAUGCGACACCUGCGGCAAGAGCUUCAACCAGGCCGACACCCUGAAGGGCCACCAGCGCAUCCACACGGGGGAGCGGCCCUUCGCCUGCGACACCUGCGGCAAGUGCUUCAUCCAGAAGAACGCGCUGAAGAUGCACCAGAAGACCAUCCACACGGACGAGCGCUCGCUGAUCAGCGUGGCCUGCGUAGCCUGCGGCGUCGUCGCCGCCUGCGUGGACUCGCUGCGGAAGCACCUGCAGACGCACGCGGCCACCAUCCCCUGCACCUGCCUGCUGUGCGGCCUGCGGCUCUGCUCCAUCACGGAGCUGCGCUCGCACCAGCAGCAGCACACGGCCGACCGGCCGCACAGCUGCGGCAUCUGCGGAAAGAGCUUCAAGUCGUCCAGCUACCUGAAGAUCCACCUGAAGACGCACAGCGGCGAGCGGCCGUUCGCCUGCGACAUCUGCGGCCGCAUGUUCACGCAGCACAGCAGCCUCAAAUCUCACCAGGUGGUUCACACGGGAGAGAAACCCUUCAGCUGCGACACCUGCGGCAAAUGUUUCAGCAACACGGGCAACCUGAACCGGCACCAGCGCAUCCACACGGGCGAGAAGCCGUUCAGCUGCGACACGUGUGGCCGCAGCUUCAACCAGGGCAACAGCCUGAAGGCGCACCAGCAGAUCCACACCGGAGAGAAGCAGUUCAUGUGCGACAAGUGCGGGAAGAGUUUCUCCUACCUGAGGAACCUGAAGGACCACAAAUGCUUCUACGUCUGAACCCGACCAGAGGACACUUCAUCACUGCGUAGACUUCUGAGGAAUAUAGCAGACGGUAGCUUUUCUGAACUGCUGUGAGGACUUUGUGGGUGUGUGUGUGUGUGUGUACAGCUGGUAUUUUUAAUUCAUAUUGGUAUUUUUUCUAAUAUAUCAAAUUAGAUUGUACUGAAAUAGUUGUCUUCCCCUUUAAAGUUAGAUAGAUAGAUAUACUUUCUUUAUCCCAAGCUGGGAAAUUGUAAAUCACCUCACAGCCCUGCAGCCCGACCUGCAGCCUGACCGUGAUCUGCUCAUGUCAACAGAGAUCCCGUCGUUUUACACACAAGUGCAAUUGAACGCACGUCAACGUUUUCUGAGUAUUAGCAUCGUUUCUGGAAGCUGACGUGGCAGAAUUAACCUCCAAACAACUUUAAAAUGUCCUUACCUAUAUGUUGCAACAUGUUUUUGUGUACAACCCAAAUUCCAACAAAGCUGGGAUUCUGUGUAAAACAAACGGACAUGAAACGCAAUGAUUUGCAAAUAUUUGUUCCCACUUGAAAAUAAACACAUCGGAUAUUGAAACUAUAUAAAAUAUUAGCUCUUUUUUGAUUUGAUGGCAGCAAAACGUCUCAAAAUGUUUACAACUGUAAACAUCUGGGUCGUGAGGAGACCAGUUGGAGCUGGAGCUUUAGGAGUGUUUCCCAUUCUGGUCUGGUGCAGGAUUCCUGCAGCUCAGCGAUCCUUUGUCACCUGGUUCUUCAUGUCAUGAUGCUGUAGAUGUUUUGGUGAAGGGUCUUUAGCACCGUCCUGCUAGAGUAUACAAGGUGUUCCCUGAUAGCACGGCCGUCUGGACUGAAGCAGAUGUUGCUCUCAAGCCUUGUAUGUAGUUUCCAGCGUUGAUGGAGCCUUUCCAGAUGUGGGAGCCGCCCCCGCCAUAGACACCACUGCAACCUCAGGCCGUCAGAGAUGCCGGCUGAUAACAAGCUGGACGGUUCCUCUGAGUGUCUGCUUUUAAGGCACGUCUGCCUGAUGGGCCAGAGAUCACAAACAUCCAGUUUUUACCUUUUUAGGCUUGUCCCAAGCAUACAGAGAUUCCUCCUGGGUCUCUAAACUCUUCAUAAUGUUACUCCGAGGAACAUUUUCCUGAAAUUAUUCCUAUUUUUUGGACACAGAUUUCUGUAGAUUGCUCUAAAAACAAAUGACAAGAGCUUAACAUGGAUGGUAAUUCAACUGGGAGCCAGCGGUACGAGUACAGGACCGGUGGGGAUGCGGUCACGUUGCUCACCAGUCGACGACCUGAUCGGCUGUCAAACGCUCCUCCAGUUGUUUAUUUGUAUUAUUCUCUGUGUCCUCGCUGCCAUCACAUUCAAAAGGUCUCCCUUUCAACAUCUGAUAUGUUGUUUUUGUUCUGUUGGAACUAGAAUAUGGGUUCAAACCUUUUAUUUGCUCUUGUAACUGGGGUUGUAGAAUGAGAUGCAACAAUUAAUGAGUCUUGACGGGUAUUUUAUUCACAAUUUCAUAAGAUUCUGUCUCACAAAAGCGAGAAGGAUUGCGUAAUUAGGACUUAAGUCGUAUUAAGAUUAAGAAAACAGAGAAUAUAGAAGAGAAGUGAAUAGAUACUGAUACUAUCUGACAGUUGUGUAGUACUAUUAUCACUGUUACCGUUGUAAAUGUCCGUUCUGCAGGCCGUGUAUCUCGUCAUGUCGGGACAGUUUUUGGGCAUAUCGCCCAAUAUUAAUCAUAUAAACUGUAAUUGCUGUGAUAAACGACUGGAAAGCAACACACAGACGAGACAAAGGUAUGAACCUACAACUACCAUCAGCAGGGCGGCUGACUGGGCUGAAUAUCCCUGAUGUUAACGUUUAUCAUCACGAGCUCAUGAGACACUUUUUCAGUCCGUCUUUUUAAACUUUUUUAAAACUGACUGAAAGUUGCCUUGUUGCCGUGCCAACAGAGACAUUGUUGAAGUGUUUUAUCAGUAACGUCCAUGUAGCGAGUGAAGCAGCUCUCAAGCUUGUGUGUUGAGAUGAUAAAGAUAUUACACUUGCUGGUUUUGUCUCUGUUAUUGGCUCGCGUGGUGCGUUCAAGGCUGCGUAAAGGUGAUGUCUGAUUUGGCUCAUUACGGUGACCUGAGUCGUGUUUCCUGCAUCCUGAGCUGGUUAACUUCAGGUUGAAUUUCUGGGGUCUCUAAUCGACAUUAAGCUCCAGUUUAACCAGCUUAUUUCCAUCCAAGUUCAGCUCUUUGAGCUUCGACAGAUGGACUAAAACCUGAUCCAGGGAGUUGUAUCAAGGCUGAGGAGAUGAAAUGUGUUCAAAGUUAUCAAGACGACUGAAUUAUUGACUGAACCUGAAUUAUUCAAGAUGAUUCAAUCAUUGAUUGAUGGCUGCUCUCCAGACUGAGCUUUACAGGUUAGAGACCCGUGAACUGACGUGAGGGGGAUUAACAAUGUACUUUUGAUCUCACAAAAAAUUCUG